AUGAAUCCUUCAACAUCACCACCAACCGAAUCUCAAAAAUUCUCAACAAACGAUCCUGCUGUCGUUUCUUUUGUUGAAGAAUCUCCAGAAUCACCAACUUUAAUCCGUCGUCGUAAAAUUUUUGGUACAUGCAAAGGAUGUAAUCAACCGAAUACAAACUUUAAUGAGUGCCAAACGUGUAUUAAUUGGUUAAACGAACAAGGAUCAAACAUAUUAACCCUCAAAUCCUUAGUGAUCCGACGUAAAUCGCUAAUUUAUAAUCAAUCUUGUCUUAAUUGUAAUCAACCCAAGCAUAUCCAUCAUAAGAUUGCCGCUUGUAAUAAUUGUGGUUUUCCUGAAUAUGAUGUGGUAGAUUUAUGUGAAUUGCCCAUGACAAGCUGGUUGAGAUGUCCUGAUUAUAAUGACGUUAUCGAUAUGAUUUGUUUGGAAUUGGAUGAAAUGAAUUUUGAUGAUCCAGACUAUCAAAAAUUGUCGGAUGCAAAGGAGCAUUACGAAAACCUUCUUCAACUAGAAGAAGAUGAAUGGGAGGCUGAUGAAAGAGAUGACGAUGAGACUGAUGAGGACGAGAAGGACGACCACAAAUACAAUGGGAUCAUUGAUCCGAAGACCGUUCUGUCCAUUCUCGGUUUACAAAGGUAUCAACAACAUCAUCAUCUCCCCUCAAGUUUGCGGGCACAAACCAAUUCUAUAUCGUUCCCAGAUUUUCGUUAUGAGUUGCAUAAUUUUUUGACUCGUGAUGAUCUACCCACCAAACUAAAUGCCGAUAAAGCAAUAAAUGGCUGA